AUGAAUGGAAUUGUCGCUAACAUAAAAAUCGACAAAUCUGUUCCAACUGUUCACCAAGGGUUGCGCAGGAUCCCCUACCCGUUAGAACAACUAACAUUUGCGAAAUUGAAAGAACUUGAAAGCCAAGACAUCAUUGAACGUGUCAAUGAGGCUUCGGAAUGGGUCUCGCCAAUGCUAGUGAAGCGGAAGAGUCAAACGGAAGUUCGUAUCAUUGUUGACCUCCGUGAAGCUAAUAAGGCUGUUGUGCGAGAAGUACAUCCUCUGCCAACCCUCGAACAAAUUACUAAAAAGAUUGAAGGAACAAGAAAAUCAUCUUUCGUAACGCAAUUUCAUGUCACAAACAGGUAUAAAAAGGAGGAAUAUUUGGACGAGCUAGGGGAUACGGGAACUGGUGAUAUACUCCCCCAACAAGUUCCACCUUUUCUAAAGCCCUCCACGUCACUCGAUCCAUUACCUAUCCCGGAUGUUAGCUACAACUUGCCCCCGGAUGACGAUGACGACGGAAAAUCAGGCAUCAAUGGACUGGCAGUAUCUGGUAGCGCUGCUGAAAAUUAUUUGUAUUGCUUCCACGCUACAGUAUUCCGACGGUUGCACUGAGGCCAAAUGCGUCCAAGAGAAAAAAAAAUCGUAUUUAGAGACACAAUGCAGGACGUCUUAAAAUGCAUCUGGUAGUUUGCUGCACUGCAUGUAUCGAGGCAAAUAAAUUUCGAUGACGACGAAUCAAAGUGGGCUGAAAAGCAAACUCCGGAUCAGGAGGAUAUUGAGAAGGUUGUAACGCUACAAGAUCAGGUGAAAAGGAAGGCGUACACUAUUUCUGGAUUAACUUCCCGGCUGCUAACGUCAUGGAGAGAUAAGGAGAUCAAACUUUUCGUCCACGCAUAUUCGGUCAAUGUCGUGACCAACGCACAACACCAAAUGGUCCUCAAACAGCUGAUUACACCGAACAAUCCGGACCGAUCGGGUGCUCAUUCUACCCGAGAUGAUGCGGUGCUGGCGACAGAGUUGAAGAUCAACCACCCUGAACUAGAAGGCCAUCACGGUUCUUGGUUGAUGUGGGUCAACAUGAUUCACUCUUCAACGGCACACAAGCAAGAAGAGAUAAAAAACGCAGCUUCCCCACCGAAUUUGGCUAAGUACUUUCGAUGGACUGCUGUCUCUGAGGCAGCCAAACUGCAAUCUGUGCAUCGAGAUGCAUCGGUGGCCCACGCAGUGAAUGGGGGUUGGAUGAAAGAUGUGGAGAUGUGGCUUCACAGACAUCACUCAUUAUUGGAGUUUUUUCUUGGUGCUUUCUUUGCAAAUGUCUCUCGCCGAAACCAAAAACUAUCUCUAUAGGAUUAAAGAAGGGACAGUACGCCGGAAGGAAUAUGGGAAUUAUGUCAAUAGAUCGCAAAUAACGA